CUCGGCUGAAGUGUUGUUGUUUUUGCAUUGCAGCUCAGAAAUGUGCAGAAUUUGGGGAGAGGACAGUCAGUGAGCAGUAAGAGAGCUAAAAAAGUUUAGCCCGCCUGCAGCUGCUAGCUCUGCAGCACAGUCACUGGCCCAUUAAACACCAGAUAACAUGGCGAGCAAAGCGUUACAAAGCCUGGGCCGUGCAUUGUUGCAGGGAAGCGGGCGGUCUGCUCGUGUCUGGUGCUCCGCUCACGUACCAGCACUAGCGUGCGGUACCGCUGCUUCCUGCGGCCCGGACAAGAAGUGUUGCGAGGUUCGAGACAGCACUAGCAGCGCUGCCAGCGGCCCCGUCCCACCGCAGACACAGCGGCCUCAACUCAGACCGAAAAAGCGCAGCGAGGACCCUGUUCCAGUGUCAGGACGGUCAUACUCGUCCAGCGCCCCGAAGCUGGACACCAAGACGUACCUCUGGGCGCGCUACAAUGAAAUGAAACGACUGGUUCACGAUCUGCUUCCACCUGGUGUAUGCAAUCUGUUGAAUCCAGCAACAAUCUAUGCAAAUAAUGAAGUGAAUCUGGAAGAGGUCGACAUCUAUGGAUUUGACUAUGAUUAUACAUUGGCUCUCUACUCUAAUGCAUUGCACUCCAUGAUAUUCAACACAGCUCGUGACUUUCUUAUUGAGAAUUACAAGUAUCCGGAAGGCAUCAGAAAGUAUGAUUUCAUCCCUAAUUUUGCUGCCAGAGGACUCCACUAUGACAUUCAAAAGGGUUUGUUGAUGAAGAUAGAUGCUUUUCAUUAUAUCCAGCUGGGAACAGUUUACAGAGGUCUUCAGCCAGUGCCAGAUAAGGAAGUCUUGGAACUUUACAAUGGCACACACCACGUUCCACUUAAUCAAGUCAGUGGAUUCUAUGGCAAGGGCCCCAAGAUGAAGCAGUUCAUGGAUAUUUUCUCAAUUUCUGAAAUGACACUGCUGGCUGUAGCUAAUGAUUACUUCAUUAGCAACAGUAUUGAAUAUGAUCCAGUUCACCUGUACAAGGAUGUGUCGGAUACUAUCCGAGAUGUGCACAUCAAGGGUUACAUGUACAAAUGGAUCAUGCAGGAUCUAGAGAAAUAUAUUCUUCGAGGGGAUGAAACAUAUGCUGUGCUUCACCGUCUUGCCAACAAUGGAAAGAAACUUUUUCUCAUCACAAACAGUCCCUUCAGCUUUGUUGACAAAGGCAUGAAUUAUAUGGUUGGAAAGGAUUGGAGAGAUUUUUUUGAUGUCAUCAUAGUCCAGGCUGAUAAACCCCAUUUCUUUAAUGACUGUAUUAAACCUUUUCGGCGGCUUGACAGGAAUGGUGACUUGCAAUGGGACAAAAUCAACAGCCUUGACAAGGGUCAGAUUUACAAACAGGGUAACCUGUUUGAUUUCUUGAGGUUAACUGGCUGGAGAGGAUCCAAAGUGCUUUAUUUUGGUGAUCAUCUGUACAGUGAUUUAGCUGAUUUAAUGUUGCGUCAUGGCUGGAGGACUGCUGCCAUCGUGCCUGAGCUUGAAAUUGAAACAAAAGUAGUGAAUACAGAGCAAUAUGCACAAUCUCUUACCUGGCUUCAAGCUCUCACUGGGCUUCUGGAACGAAUGCAGAUGCAUCGUGACCCUGAAUCUCAAAAGGUUCUCCAGGACUGGCUUAAAGAGAGAGAAGAGCUGAGGGCAAUUACCAAGAACCUCUUCAAUCCUCAAUUUGGUAGCAUCUUCCGUACAUGCCACAACCCCACGUACUUCUCCCGCAGGCUCUGCCGUUUCUCUGAUCUCUACAUGGCAUCCUUGAGCUGUCUGCUGAAUUAUGACCUUAGCUACACCUUCUACCCCCGCAGAACCCCUUUGCAGCACGAGGCCCCCUUAUGGAUGGACCAGCUGUGCACUGGCUGUAUGAAGACUCCCUUCCUUGAGGAGAUGGCUCACAUUCGCUAAAAAAGCUGGCAAGAUUGGAAAGGGUGAUCUCAUGCAUUUAUGGGUGUUGUUGAAUACACUCCCUUCGUUUUGUGGACCAUAUCGUGUCUGAAGUGACAAUACUUUAAAGAGUGAGCUCUAAGAAAGAGCAACAAAAUUGGGAUGGCACUCCUGGAUGUCUUGAAAAUUGCACUUGUAAAUUAAGGUGGAACACGAUCUUGAAAGCAAAAGGUUUAAAAUAAAACUGUGCAUUGGAAUGUUGGAAUCCACUAUUGUGUUCAUGGGAGUGCUGGAGGUUGAACAUGGAAUUGGGAACAGAUGUUGUAAAUGGAUAACUGCGUUGAAGUUGAAAUGGACAAAACGCCUAGAAUCAUGCUGCAUUUUUUUUAAUCUUUCAACCUGUUUCUGUAUGAUGGGUGUGUGUGGUCAUGUUGGUUUUGUUUUUUAUAUAUAUAUAUAUA